AUGAUCCGAAACAUCCGUAUCGCUGUUCUUAACGUUGACAUUCCGGCUCGGAGUCUCUACGAAGCUCGUGGGCUCUGCAGCGCUCACUUCCGACACGUCCUACAGGAGGCCGCUGCGGUUCUGAAUGAGAACACGGGGACAAGUGUUAAUAUCUCUAUAACGCCUUACGAUGUCCGAGGAGGUCACUAUCCGGAGUUCGCCAAGCUUCGCUCCAAAGUGGAAGAUGAUCCAUGUGAUAACUGCACCAUUGACGCUAUUCUGAUCACCGGCGGAUCGCCCGGUGUAUAUGAAAUCGAUCAGUCCCCCUGGAUGCAAACACUCGAAAAGUUCUUGAAAACAGUAUUUCAGCAAUAUCCUUUAGUUCGAAUCCUCGGUACAUGCUUCGGACACCAGAUGAUCGCGCAUGCCUUGAUGAGAGACACAAAGGACCCUGAACGGGAUGUUUUUGUUGAGAAAUGCCCACUGGGUAUGGAAGUGGGAGUACACACCGUGCGUCUUGAGAGUGACUUUGUCCGGUUCUUCCCCCUGACGCUGGGGAAUCUGCCUCACAAUGAGCUGCGAAUUCAAAUGUUCCACGGCGAUAGGGUCCUAGCCGUGCCAAAGGAAAGGUCUUCGAAGCUCACUGAUGCUUCUAUGUCACUUCCAGCACCGUGGGUAAAUGUCGGCAGCACACCAGCCUGUCCAAUCCAGGGUCUGUAUUACCCGCAGCGAGUAUUGUCCGUUCAAGGCCACUAUGAACUGGAUGCGUUCGGCGUGCGAAGCAUGUGCUUGGAAUUUGCGCCUUCCAUGAAGUGGAGCGAUUCAAAGCUCGCAAUAUUCUUGGAGCAGGUUGGUUUUGAUGCUGACGCACCACCGGAUAAUGCAAAGGCCUUCGCAUUAACAGUCGUGUGUUUCUUGGCUGGCUUGGAGAAUCUAUGA